GGGUCUGCGGGAGAUUUGCGGUGUUCUGCAAACGAGAGGGUCUCCCUUCCCGACCUGUCGUUUCCUACGGGAUGGACGGCAGUGCCUCUUGACUUACCUCACCCGCUACCUCCACCAUCCUUUACGAGACGCAGCUCCGAGGGCUGGAGGUAGAAAACCGUACAAAAAACGGCCAAGGGGACGCGUGCCAGCCCAUCCUCCACCCAGUUGAUCCACAGCCCUUCACCUGGCUGCUAAGGCUGACAGGAAUCCAUGGUUGUCUCCGCUCCCGAGGUUACGUGGACGCCCUUCCCCGGGAGCACAUAUCCAGUGUCCUCUGGGGAGUAGUGGAGCCAACUUCAGGCCUGACUGACCAUGACUUCCAUAAAGGAACAGGCAGCAAUUAGCCGGCUCUUGAGUUUCUUACAUGAUUGGGACAACGCCGGCAAAGUUGCAAGGAGUCACAUCCUUGACAGUUUCAUCAAGGCCAACCAAGGCAAGACGGCUCCUGAACUGGAGCAAGAGUUUUCACAGGGAGGCAGCUUGUUCCUGGUACGCUUGACCACCUGGCUUAGACUCAUCUAUAUGACUGGCUCCUGUUUAGAUAAGCUUCUAAAGUCUAUUGGCAUCUUCCUGUCUGCUGUGAGCAGUAAUCGGUACCUUAAAGAAUUUCUUGAGGUUGGAGGAGUCCUGACACUCUUGGAAAUACUUGGGAUGGAGAAGAUCAAGGAGGAGGACAAGAAGGAAUCCAUCAGGCUACUUCAGGUUAUUGCAAACACUGGCAGGAAGUACAAGGAGCUCAUCUGUGAAAGUUAUGGUGUACAAUCCAUAGCAGAGUUUUUGGCAAAGUCUAAAUCAGAAGAGACCCAGGAAGAAGUGCAGAUUCUGAUGGAUUCUUUGGUCCACGGUAAUCCCAAGUACCAGAAUCAAGUGUACAAAGGUCUAAUAGCUUUGCUGCCCUGUGCGUCCCCAAAAGCUCAGCAGCUGUCCCUGCAGACUCUCAGGACUGCGCAGUCGAUCAUUGGAACCACACACCCCAGCAUCGUGGACUGCGUGCUCAAGGUACUGUGCACGAUGCACCUGGAAGUCCAGUAUGAAGGCUUCUGCUUUUCUGCAGCCAUCGAGCUGAUCAAGGACCUGGUCAACUACGACGUGUGCCAGGCGCUGCUCAAGGGCCUCGUGGCGCUGUUGAUACCGUCCGUCAAGGAGACCAGCAAACCGCAGCCCAAGAUCCUCAACGACUCCUCGGUUCCCCAGUUCACCGCCCACCUGCCGGUGUUCCUGCAGCAGGCCGCGGCGGCCAAGGCCAUCGGGGUCCUGGCGCGCAGCAACACGAGCGUCGCGGAGGAGCUGCUGCACCAGCGCGUGGUGCACAGCCUGAUGGCCGCCAUGGGCAACACGGACCACAGCAACAGCCAGCGGCAGGCCAGCCUCACGCUCGAGUACUUGGUGCAGAUGUUCCCGGUGGUGGAGGAGCACGUGCGCAGGUCCAUGGGAGAGGGGCUCUAUCAGCUCUUCCUCAGCAAUGCCGAGGACUUGUACAUGAAAAUAGACAGCAUUCAGGCGGACAUCUUAGCGGCCAACAAAGUCAACGUCUCCAAAGGCUCAGCCCCGCGCCCCGCGCCCCGCGCCCCGCCCGCAGCGUUGUGCUUCAGCGGCGUUUCCCACCGCAACUCGAGCUUUCACCGCGGCGCUCACGAGCCCGAGAGGCCGGCUUACGUCACCUACUUCCAGAAGGAAGAUACGGAAGGAAAGGAGUGACGGAGCCUUGCGGGCCUUCCGGAGGGGCCGGGGCCGCGGUUCAGGGAGCCCGGCAGGCGGGCCCUGGGGUCACGCUCACCGCGACUCCACCGGCCCCAGGCGGGAGGCUGCGGGGGGCCAGGGGGAGCUGCCGGCUGGCGAGG